AGAGAUUAGUUUGAACGUUAAAAACAAGUAUUAGUUAAAUUAUAAUCUAAGAUCUAAAUCCCAAACAUAUCCAUAGAUAUAUCAAUUGAUUUUUUUUGAUAUUUCAAUCGACUAUCUCUGUCUCUCUUAUAAAUAAAUGGCUAAAAAAACKAAAUUCUUGCCUUUGUUGGCAAUGAUUAUUGCUUUGACAGUUAGUUUAGUCGAUGGACUGUACAACUGGCCGGAACAACCAAAGACAUUAAAUGAUAUGUGCAAAGAGUUGAAGGGUCAACACAGGAUUGUCGAAGCAUUUCACCAUCAGUUUGAUAUGUAUUUGAUUCUUGAAGACAAAGAGUCAGAGAGUACGGAUCCAUUUGGUCCACGAAAACGGUACUACGUUUUGCGUCGGUUUAAUGCGACUGAUGUCGUGUUGGGCACCAGUAAGUCGGCUACUUUUGCUCAGGUCAUAGACAUGACCCGUCACUGGUCUAACGAUAUUCGCGGCAAUUGGCUCUUCUAUUUGAAACACUAUUUCAUUUUUACUGAAAAAAAGAAAAAUCAAUUUAUCAAAUAUCUCAUUGGAUUUAACCAAACAUUUAUGGACACUAUUGAACAAUACGAUGCCUAUCGGUUUCCUAUUGAUAUAUCAAAUGAGAAAAAACUAAUAGAUUUAAAGUCUGCCAUCAAAAUCAAUACAAACAUUUACAAGUAUAUCCCUCAAGAGGAUGAAUACAAUUUGAUGACAUUAGUGGUUAAGUUUCCACAGGAAGACAUCAAUAACCGAAUUCAUGCCAUAACCUCUUUACCAACUAUUCGAACGGUUAAAUACGGAAGAUAUUAUGUAUACUAUAUGGAAAAACCCCGAAAAUCGCUUAAUCUAGAAGAGGGAGUGUUUCAGUUUAGACGACAUCUAUUUGAGCCACAAAUGGUUAACUAUGAGACAUACGACGAGAUGGACUGGGCUUACAUAGACAACAACAACAUUACCGAGAAGUGUAUCAUUCAAAACUAUGUCAACGCGUCCACAGUUUUGAAUCCCAAUACAGGAUAUGUACAGAAUUAUGGAUACAUGUUUCAAAUCAUUGAAUUCAUUAACAACGAGUUUAGGAUUAAAAAAGGAUCGCAUAAUACUAGCGCUGUGUCUAAUAUUUUAGAAGACAUUAGAAAUGGUUCUGUUUUGGAUCUAUUAAAGUGUACACAAACCGAACCAGUGAUUACAACUACAAUCGUAUCCGAAACUCCUGUCACCGGUGAUAGUAAUGUUACUGAAACUGGUAUCACUGAAAGUCCUACAACAACUCAAACUAAUGAUAUAACCAGUGAGUCAACUACUAAGCCUUCCGGAGAACUAACUACUAAGCCUUCCGAAGAACCAACUACUAAGCCUUCCGGAGAACCAACUGUUGAAUCUCCAGAGGAACCAGUAGAUACCAUACCACCGGGUCCUCCGCCCACAGAAGCUGAACCAACUGGAUCUUUACCGCCAGAACCUGAAGUACCAGAACCAACUGAAAAAGAGCCAACUGAUCUUCCGAUGACCGAUGAGCCAAAAGAACCAGAAGAAAGUGAAUCUCUAUUGUGGUUAUGGAUAUUAUUGAUAUUAUCAAUAGUCAUAAUCAUAGCAUUUGGUGUCUUCUAUUUAUUAUAUAUCUUUGUCGGACCUUUCAAUACAUUUGUCCGAAGAUAUAUCAUUAAUCGCGAUAUUCCUCCGUCUGAACGACCCAACAGAGGCACUCGGGACGCAUCUCAUGAUAUUGAACUCAAGGAAAUCAAAGGGAUAUCUCAAUGAAAGAUCAGUCUAACAGUGAUUGUUCACCACUUAAUCUAUGAACACAUCUAUUAU